UACUACUAGUAGCGAGCUACUUCAUCAAUUAUGGUCAAAUCUCCACCUCCGACCACCCUCGAAAGAGUUGAUGAAGCCAAAUACAGAGGUGUCCGAAAGAGGAAAUGGGGAAAAUGGGUGUCGGAGAUCAGACUACCCAACAGCCGCGAAAGGAUCUGGUUAGGUUCCUAUGAUUCACCGGAAAAGGCAGCUCGUGCUUUUGAUGCAGCUCUCUUCUGUCUACGUGGCAACACUGCCAACUUCAACUUCCCUCAUCAACCUCCCAACAUUCCUGGAGCCACCGAUCUUCAUCCUUCCCAGAUACAAGCUGUUGCUGCUACUUACGCAAAUGAAUCUUCCAACUCCCCAUCUCCAGACGUCGUCAUUAAUAAUCAUAAUUACCACCUGCAAACACCUGCUGCUGCUUCUACCUCCAAUAAUGUUAAUGUGGACGAACAAGAUUCCUUUCUCAUGGAUCACGUUCAUACCAAUGACGCUGUACCAGAUUUCGGGAUCUUUCCAGGAUUUGAUGAUUAUUUCAUGCCCAUGCACCCACCACUACUAACUGCUCAUGAUUAUUACGGAUCAGAGGAGCAGGUUUUUGAUUCGCAAGAUUCAUCCUUCCAGCUCUGGAACUUUUAGUUAAUUAUAUUAACACACACAUAUAUACACACACACACACA